UUGUCCUUCACUUUCGGAAACAGCAGCAGCGAAGAGCGGUGAAUCGUUUCUGCAAAUUUUAAGUCAAGAUGCAAGCCGGAUUGUGUUUAUACACGAAAUUUGUUCCUAUAUACAGAUGCUCCAGUAUCCAUGUCAGAAAUAAGCUACCUUCUUUAACUGCUGCUCACAAUAGAUAUUUUUCUAGUGAAUCAGGAGAAUUUGAUUUGGUAGUUAUAGGUUCUGGUCCAGGUGGUUAUGUUGCUGCUAUUAAAGCAGCACAACUUGGCUUGAAAACUGCCUGUGUUGAGAAAAAUGCAACGUUGGGGGGAACUUGCUUAAAUGUAGGAUGCAUUCCAUCAAAAGCUUUGCUUCAUAAUUCUCACUUGUAUCACAUGGCUCUUCAUGAUUUGCAGAAUCAUGGUAUUACAUGUGAAGGUGUAAAACUGGAUCUAAAUAAAAUGAUGGAGCAAAAAAGUACAGCUGUGAAAUCCUUAACAUCUGGAAUCGCUCAUCUUUUUAAGCAGAAUAAAGUCGCUCAUUAUCAAGGUCAUGGAAAAAUCAAUAGUAAAAAUGAAGUUGCAGCCGUGAAACCUGACGGCUCUAGUGACAUUAUCAAAACAAAGAAUAUUUUGAUUGCAACUGGCUCAGAAGUUACUCCUUUCCCUGGCAUUGAAGUGGAUGAGAAGCAGAUUGUUUCAUCUACUGGUGCAUUAUCACUGGAAAAGGUGCCAGAAAAACUGGUUCUUAUAGGAGCAGGUGUCAUUGGAUUGGAAUUGGGUUCUGUCUGGAGCCGCCUCGGAGCUGAAGUUACCGCUGUAGAAUUUUUGUCUAAUAUUGGUGGAGUGGGUAUCGAUCUUGAUGUUGCAAAAAAUUUUCAAAGGAUAUUGACAAAGCAGGGCCUUAAAUUCAAAUUGGACACAAAAGUAACUGGUGCUACAAAACAAGGAGACAAAGUUAAAGUAAACAUUGAAUCUGCCAAGGACCCUAACAAAAAAGAGGAGCUCGAAUGUGAUGUACUCCUUGUAUGUGUUGGUCGCAGGCCUUACACAGAAAAUUUAGGUCUAGAAAGUGUUGGAGUGCAAAAGGAUGAAAGAGGAAGGCUUGUUGUUAACAGUCGCUUCCAAACAAGUGUGCCAAACAUUUAUGCAAUUGGAGAUUGCAUUCCUGGUCCAAUGUUAGCUCAUAAAGCUGAAGAUGAAGGAAUAUUAUGUGUAGAAGGAAUAUCUGGUGGAUCUGUUCACAUAGACUACAAUUGUGUUCCAUCAGUAAUAUACACGCAUCCAGAAGUUUCAUGGAUUGGCAAAAGUGAAGAACAGCUAAAAAAAGAAGGCAUUGCAUACAAAGUUGGAAAAUUUCCAAUGGCUGCAAAUAGUAGAGCAAAAACUAAUGCAGAAACAGACGGUUUUGUCAAAAUACUGUCAGAUAAAACAACAGACCGAAUUCUGGGUGCACACCUUAUUUGCUGGGGUGCUGGAGAACUUAUUAAUGAAGCAGCCCUUGCUAUGGAAUAUGGCGCAUCGUCUGAAGAUAUUGCUCGUGUUUGUCAUGCUCACCCGACUGUUUCUGAAGCCUUCAGAGAAGCAAACUUGUCUGCAUACUUUGGGCGUCCCAUAAAUUUUUGAAAUGGCGGAAUUUAGUGCAAAUAAAUAUGGACUUCAUGUAUAAUGUUGUACAAAUAUGGACAAAAUAUAAGUCAUCCUCUGAGGCACUGCCGCAGUGUGUAUAGUUCUGCAAUUUGCCGAUAUUGUUACUCUAGCGAUUGUUUUGUUAAAAAUAAAGUUGUGUUUAUAUAUACUGUU